AUGUCAGAUAAGUGCAAAAAGAAUAAUUAUGAUUUAUGCCUAAACGGUGCAAAAUGUGAUGAGAAAACCGGUCAGUGUACUUGUUCAAAUGGCUGGGAAGGUAGAAGAUGUCAGAGAAGUAGCUGCUUACCAGUUGAGGGGCUUUCUGAGAAAACGAAAAAGUGCGUGGAUGUGGAUACAUUUGUUAUGCUCGCAGAAACACCUUCUAUCCCCUGGAAAAAGAGCCUUGGAAAUCCCAUUUCCGACGAUUUCAUCUCCGCAUCGCAUUAUCUAACCGGCGUCAUUCACGAUCUCCUCAACUCAACCCUCAAUACCUUCAUCGAAGCUCAAGUCACCGAGUUUUCACCUCGAACGAAAGGAAUCGCUUUCCGAACAACAAUCAAGCUCCAAGAAGGCCGAGCCGGUUGGGAUCAAUUAAUCUGGUAUCGCUGGAUGAAAAGAGCAGUCGACUACGCUAGCAUCGAAUCUGGAAGAGCAGUUUUUAUCGAUCCAGAGAGCAUUCAAGUUUUUGACGUUGACGAGUGCAAGCUAGACAUUCACAAUUGCGACGUCAACGCAGAGUGUUUCAAUCAAGACGGAAGUUUUGAGUGCAGAUGCAACGACCCUUUUGUCGACAUUGCCGCGAUAAAUGGCAAGCGAAAGGGAACAGAAUGUUUUGACGCCUGCGAAAAUGCCACUGAAUAUUACACUGUUGAUUACUGUAUGAAUGAUGGCGUCUGCAUCAACGCCCUUGACUCAUUUGAGCCAAUUUGCUCUUGUCAAUAUGGAUUUUCUGGAGAAAAAUGCGAAGUUAGAACUGAAAGUUUUGCCAUGGUCUUUUUGCUUUGGGGAAUCUGCUUCGUCAUCGUAAUUUCGACAGCCAUGGUUUGCGUCUACAAUGCUGUUGCGAAGAAAAAAGGACGGGUUUAUGCCCUCGAUAAGAAAAACUUUCUCUCCGAAGAACCAACUGUAAAUGAAUAA